CGAUAAAUCCGCGGUCACACUGAUCGUACCAGUCCAAAACACCGUAUAGCAAUUUUUUUAUUUUAUUUUAAAGUUAACUUUUCCUUUAGAUAGUAGUUUGAUUUACGAAAAAUAUCGCAGCAAUACAACAAUUUUCAUAUCACAAUCAACGCUUGCAUCGCUGCAUAAUUCGGCCAAAUCAAAUCGAAAAUGUUGAAGCUACGUAACAUUCUGAGUGUCGGCAAUAACAAUGGCCACUCCGCUGUCCGAUGGAUUUCGACGACUGCAACCUGCAGGGAACUGGAUUCAUGGUUCUCAAAGUUGCUUGUAAGGAAAAUCGAGCCAACCAAAGAGGCUCACAGUCGCAUGCUGAGCGACAAGGAAAUCAUCUAUGCAUUGCAUACGCAUAACGUACGACCCGACUCGAUGAGCGCCUAUCUGAACAACUACAAAACAACUGUGUCUUUAAUGAACGAAAAAAAGGCAAAUCUUUCGUGCAAUUUGGUGGCAUCAUGGAGCGUGCAGGUGGGCGACAUGGAUCAGUGUUUGCAUUUAUGGAAAUACACCGGUGGCUUUGAGAAAAUCGAUCAGGCCAAAGAGGAUCUGUGGAACGAUCCAGAGUACCUGAGUCUAAUGCAGGAGCGUUCCAAGUUUCUGCGCUCACGCCAUCUACAAUACCUGUUGGCCUUCAGCUACUGGCCGCAGAUUGCCAGCCGUUCCGGCAAGAAUAUCUACGAAAUGCGCUCAUAUCGAUUGACGCCCGGCACCAUGAUUGAAUGGGGCAACAACUGGGCACGUGCCAUCAACUAUCGCAAGCAUAACAACGAAGCAUUUGCUGGAUUCUUCUCGCAGAUUGGCAGGCUUUACAAUGUGCAUCACAUCUGGUGCUACAAAUCGCUGCAGGACCGCAAGGAGACCAGAGAGGCCGCGUGGCGUUCCCCUGGCUGGGACGAGUGCGUCGCCUAUACUGUGCCACUGAUACGAGAAAUGCAUUGCCGCGUCCUCGCUCCCACUGAGUUUUCGCCCUCACAAUAAGUAUGGGCCAGCAAUACAAAUCCAAAGCGCAUCAGAGAAAGGCGAGUGUCUCGUUUCCAACACAAUCGAUCUGAUCCGAAAUGCUGUGAAACAUCAUCCACUGAUCCAAUGUAAUGUUGCCGCUUCCGCUCGCUUUUAGUCGUUGUACAUAAUGCCAUCAUACAUAUGCAUAUGUAUGUUUACAAUAUGCAUUAAUUUUAGUUUUCUCUAGUAUCAAAUAAGAACAGAAAGUGUGCAUUUUACCCAUAAAAAAACAAACAAAGUACGAUCCUCUGUGUGUGCCUGCCCCCACCACAUACCAAUAUUGAAUUUAACCAAAAAGCGAAAAGCAAACUUCGUUUGUAAUACUUUAAAAACUAUAAUAAAAGUUUUAUGGGAGUGUAUAUUGUGAAACGAGCAUAGCGCAAAA